UCCUUUUGUUCGUUUUUUCAGGCAUCUGGAGUUACAGUGAAUGAUGAGGUCAUCAAAGUUUUUAAUGAUAUGAAAGUAAGAAAAUCUUCUACCCAAGAGGAAAUCAAAAAGAGAAAGAAAGCAGUUCUCUUCUGUCUAAGCGAUGACAAGAGACAAAUAAUUGUAGAGGAAGCCAAGCAGAUCUUGGUGGGUGACAUUGGUGAGACAGUAGAGGACCCCUACACGUCUUUUGUGAAGUUGCUACCUCUGAAUGAUUGCCGAUAUGCUUUGUACGAUGCCACGUACGAAACAAAAGAGUCUAAGAAGGAAGACCUAGUAUUUAUAUUCUGGGCUCCGGAAAGUGCACCGUUAAAAAGCAAGAUGAUUUAUGCUAGCUCUAAAGAUGCCAUUAAAAAGAAAUUUACAGGUAUUAAACAUGAGUGGCAGGUGAAUGGCUUGGAUGAUAUUAAGGACCGCUCGACACUGGGAGAGAAACUGGGAGGCAGUGUGGUAGUUUCCCUGGAAGGAAAGCCGCUAUAAAAUAAUAGCCAAGUGCCAUCGCAUCUUAAGGGGCUUCCAUUUCUCCAGCUCAGUCCACUGGAACCGUAGUGGGUUUUGUUUUUUUUUUUGUUUUGUUUUUGUUUCUUCCCUUUCCACUGGGCCCUUUGAACACAAUGAAUGGAUGGAUUUAGAAGCCUGUCAGUGAUUGCCAUGAGACUGUUUAAUACGGUGACUCUUCUGUAGACCCCAGAGAAUGCCUUCCCCGUCUUAUUUUAGCCAAAACAACUGGUUCCAUGCCUUCCUCACAGUGACAAUGGAUGUGGUUGUCACUGUGACUAGCUUAGGUAGAGUGCUACAGAGGGUAAGCUAAGUGAAUGCCUUGAAAGUAUUAUCCACUGGUCAUAUGGUCAACUUCUUUCAGUAUUAUUUAUCGUUGCACUUGAUUCAGUUCUCUGAGGCGCUGGAGCGUUUGCACACCUCACCUGCCUUGGCCAGCCUGUUUGGUGACAUGGCAGCACAGAUCUAACAGACUCCUUAGAAGCACUUUUUUUUUUAAUGCGUUGAAUUCCUUAAAAAGAAUGCCAAUUAAGUUUCAUUACGUGUCAUUGAUUUAUCCCAGUACCUCAGUGUUCAUUCCUCUACCUGCAUACUUUCUUGAAAGAAAUAGCUGUGUGGAUGUCUUUGCUUUCCCACUGAGUAUACACUACUGAGUACAUGUAGGAGUUUUAUGUUUACCGUAUGAGUCUUGAAACACUACAGACAUUUUGAAUAUCAGUCAUGAUGGCAAUUUCUGUAUACAAGAGCCUUAAAUGGAACAUUGUUUUGAGAUCAAAUUCCCCACCCUCACAAAAGUGGCCACGUUGCAAUAAAAAUUGUGGCAUAUUACAGAACGUUGCCUUGUUUUCCUUGGAAAUUUUGCAAAUUGUCAUGUGAAAUUUUGGGAUAAACAGUGAUUAAGCUCUGCACUGGUAUUUGAGAUUUUCUUUUCUUUAAUAUUAACACUCAUGUGUCUUUUUUUCCAGAUUGUUGAAUUUCUUUGGUUUAAAAAUAUCUUAAGAUCACUUAUAUACAAUCAUUAAAAGAGUGGUACUUAUAUAAAUAUGUUUAUUUAUUUCUUUAUGUUAAAUAUGGAGAUUAGAUUUUUUUUUUUUUUUUGCACUUUGGCAUACUCCAGUAUCUUAUUUGUUCUUUAGAUAAAUUAGGAUAUUAAUUCACAGUUACAUUACUAAAUAAUUUCUUUGUAGAAGUAGGAUGUUUUUAUUACUUGAUCAUGAUGAAAAUAAUUUGUAAAAUGUCAUUCAGAGGUUCUGAUGUUUAGGAAUGUUCAUUUCAGCUACGAUUCCUUAUUAUCUUUUCCAAAUUGAAUUGAAAAAAAAAAAUUGAUGUAGCAGUCUUAAACAUUAGUAACAGGAUUUGGCUGUGGUCCAGAGUGUCUCCUUAUAGAGAAUUUGAUCUGCUCAGUGUGCGCACUUUGCUAUUAGCCAGAGCUAUUUAUGGCAAACACAUGCUUUUGUAUCUUGUCAUAGUCAUCCACAGAUGGCAGAACUGGACUUGAUUCCACCGGUAUGCAAGACAGGCGUUCUAGUGAGCAGUCAUUUGUGGCUCUGAACUUCAGUGCUUUUAUCAGAAUAUAGAAAAUGAAAAUACCCUUUUUUAAAAUGUGUGGAAGUAAUUUGAGUGUAAUUAGAUUUUUUUUCUACCUGUUUGAAAGUUUUUUUUCAGAUGAGGACAUUGAAACAUAGCUGUUAAAUGUCUAGGCUUCCAUUUAAAACUAUUCGAGUUACUUGGGAUCUUUUUAGCACUAAGCAAUUUUAUUUCAGCCUUCCAGCUGUCCCUGUGUGUUGUUCCAGACCUUUCCGUGGCUUUUUGGUAAGGCUGCUAAUAAGCGAAGCAUGAAAAUGGUGAUGUGUACUAAACAAUGUGUUUAACUGAUCUUUGCACCAAAGGACUUUUUCACCAAGUUAUUUUGUUCUUCCAAAAAUUAAGAAAUUUCUAAAAAGUGAAAGAAUGCCCUUUUGUUUUUAUAGCUGGUUUCUCAAUUUCCUUAUAUCCUUUUCUAGAAUAAUUUCAGAGAUUAAGUACUGCUUUAAACUAUGAUACUUUGACCUUGUUAGAUUGGCAAAUAUAUUAACGCAAUUAAGUUCAUCUUUAAAGUGCACAUAUGUGCCUAGAGCCAAAAAAUAAUGAUUUAAUUAAUGAUCUUAUGUUUAAAAUAAUUUGAUAUCUUAUUUUACAAUCAUUUACAGUGAAACAAUGUUCCAGUUAGCUUUAAAAGUAUAUGGUGCUAAUUAGUAAAAUAUUGAAGGCAAUAUUUUACUGCUAGCUUGCAAAAUUAUAAGUGUUUUAAAAAAUAAAAUACAUGAAAAUA